GACAGGUCAUCGUGCGCGUGUGCGACGCGAGUGCAGUUAAAGCAAUCAAAUCGUCGCGGUAGCAUCGCUAAUCCGAUAGUGCUAUCGACAAAUUGCAACAGCUGAAGCGCGCACGACCUCUGGUGCGCCACACGACCGGGACUUGGCAGCCAGACCCACCUCACGUGCGCGCGGUGCCGCUGCGGCGUUUCGAGGACGCAACAAGGCCUCGGGCUACUGCCAGUAGUUUGUGAUUGUCGCCGAUGAUCCGCCCCCCACUCCUGCACCUCGCGCGAUGCGCGGUGGCCGCCGCCAUCGUCAUCAACCCGCCGGCGCGGACCGAGCGCAAAUUAAUCAAUGUCGAGACGCGCAACACGGCGGAAUCAUUCGCGCGCCGCGACGCGGGCGUCUACGCCGGCGACGCGGCCGUUGCGCGCUUCGUGGCACGAACCCCAGGCCUGCGGAGCUGGGCGGGCUGGUUUAAAUCCCCAGCAUACCUCAAGAACGGCCACGCACAUACCAUUUUUGCGGCUAAGUUCCGCUGGACCGCCUCUGUCGUUUACCGGCGCCACCUCCUGACCACGCCGGACGGCGGCUCGCUCGCGCUGGAUAUCGUCGACAAAGUAAGCGACGAGACGAGCAAGGAUUCGACAGGAGCGACGUACGUCGACGGCGCCGUCGAGGAAGAUGCGAGCCCGUUUCUACUCCUCCUGAGCGGCUUGGGCGGCGGGUCGCAGGACACGUACGUGCGGGCCCAGGCCGCCGCGGCUGUAAAUAGAGGCUGGAAAGUUGGCGUCCUGAACAUGAGAAGCUGUGGAGGGUCGCCGGUCACGUCGCCGCGCUUCUUCUCCGCGCGACAUGGUUCCGUCGAGGACGUGCGAACCGCGACGGCGUGGAUCCGCGCUCACAUACGACCGCAAGCACUGGCGGCGAUCGGCUGGUCCAACAGCGGCACGAUCGUCUGCAACGCUCUCUCCGAGCCAGACUCAUUGAUCGACGCGGCGUGCUGUUUAGCUGCACCUUUAGAUAUGCCUUCGUCGUCCGCCAAUUUCGAGCGCCCGUUCCACCGGAACGUCUACGACCGCGCCAUCGGCGGUUCGCUGGCCGAGAAGUUCCGGACGGCCCAGCAUUUGUUUGUGGGUGCCGCCGGCCCGAAGCCAGUCCCGGCCUACUUUGGCGGUGAGUUUAUUGCUGAUGUCGAGAAGGCUUCUACCGCUUGUACGAUUAGAGCCGUCGACGAGGCGCUGACGGCGCCCUGCUUCGGCUUUCCUUCUGUGGACGCUUAUUAUAAGGACGCGUCGGCCGACCAGCGUAUCAAAGAUAUCGGCGUGCCUCUGUUAGUGCUGAACGCGGCGGACGACCCCAUCGCGCAGUACAAUAAUAAACCAGGAGUCUUCGACGCGGAGACGCUGGCCGCGAACCCGAAUCUGGUCGUGGCCGUGACGGCGACGGGGGGACACCUCGGCUGGUGCGACGCGGCGGACCCCUGCGGCCCGCCGGGCUGGGCGCAGGGCGUGGCUUUGGAUUUUCUGGAGGCGGCGCGGGAGACGGCGUAAG